AUGUCGGACAGAACUACGCGCGAGUUUGUGGCCAAACGGACUGAUCUGAACAACAAUAUCAUUGCGUUUGACAUCCGGGGACUCACACCGGAAAGGGUUGACCGCAACCAAUACGUACCCAACGCUCAGGCUAUACUCGAACGGAUGAUUAGCGAGGUUAAAGGGGAGCGCCAUAAGGACACUGCUAACUUUUCGGACGCGGUCACUUUCUCAUUCCCCACGAUCAAACAACACGAUAUACUCAUUACGUUGAACUUUUGGAAUGCUUUUGCAUUGUAUCUUGAUGACUUCCUUGAUAAGAAAACACACGAUCAGGCUCACCAUGUUGCUUUAUGGAAAACCUACAUGAUCAAUCGCGUGUCUACCGGUACCGACUUUAUGGACAUAAUGUACAAUGUGUUGAGCAUAUUGUUGGACAACGUGUUUACACCUAAAUUGAGACAGCUACAUGAUCAGUGGUACCUUGAUUGGCUUUCAUUAUAUGACAUUACAGAAGAGGUUAAAGUGGGCAAGGACAUUCCAACAUUUGAACAGUACGAUAAUAUACGGCCUUUGGACAUUGGUUUUCCACCAUUGCAAAUUUACUUAUACGCAUCACUGGGGUUUGACCCUGAUGAUUACCCCGAUAUCAUCAAUAACCCCAAUUGGGAACUGUUUCAUAAGUGGGCAGGACGUCAUUUUUAUCAUAGCAAUGAUAUCUACUCGAGCAAAAAAGAGAUCAUGCAACAACAGGGUAAAUUCACCCUGAUCUACAUCAUUAUGUACAAUGACAAUUGCGACGCCCAGACAGCCAGCGAUAAGGUGGUGGCUAUGAUACACGAGUCGUGGGACAUGUCAGUUAAAUAUGCCACGUUGUUGGCUGAGCUCAACAUACCGGUGCUCAAUGAGUAUACACAUGCCGUAAUGUGUAUAUUGAAAGGUAAUGUGUACUGGUCAUCGGUUACACCUCGCUAUCAAGAUAUGAAUAAAUAUAAGGAUUACAAGCUUGGUGAUAAGCUUAUAUUUGAUUAA